UGGAGGUACCAGCAGCUAUAAGAGGCGUCCCUGCGGGUGUUGCUGCCACCAACCCCUGCCCGCUCUUCCAGCCGCCACCAUGCUGACCGCCGAGGACAAGAAGCUGAUCCAGCAGAUCUGGGGAAAGUUGGGUGGCGCCGAGGAGGAUAUCGGAGCCGAGACCCUGUGGAGGAUGUUCCACGCCUACCCCCCGACCAAGACCUACUUCCCCCACUUUGACAUGUCACAAGGCUCUGACCAGAUCCGUGGCCAUGGCAAGAAAGUGGUGAUUGCCCUGACCAAUGCCAUCAAGAACAUCGACAACCUCAGCCAGGCUAUGUCUGAGCUGAGCAACCUGCACGCCUACAACCUGCGUGUGGACCCCGUCAACUUCAAGUUCCUGGCGCAGUGCUUGCAGGUGGUGCUGGCUACCCGCCUGGGUAAGGAGUACAGCCCCGAGGCACACUCUGCCGUCGACAAGUUCAUGUCUGCCGUGGCCAGCGUGCUGGCUGAGAAGUACAGAUGAGCUGUCAGCCGUGCCUAUGUGCCAUCAAUAAAAAAGACUCUUUUGCUGCA